ACUGAGGGAGCAGGAGAGACACAGAGAGAGAGAGGAUGGUCAGUGUGGCGGCUUGCAACACUGUCUAGAGCCUAGCCUUCUUUUUUUUAAUCUUAAUUAAAUUUGUGGACUCUGCAGCCAAAGGGAGGAGAGAAAGCCCUGUCCCUUCCCCCUUGCCUCAGCCACGGGAAGCACCCACACGGACUGAGCACAGGGCUAGGCCACAAGUCAUUAGUGCUCGGUGGGAAAGAACUGACAAAAGACUGGAGUGAGUGCUUAGAGUAGCUUCACUGACUUCUGAGGGGUGGAAAGGAGGCUUUUUGGAUUUCUACCUCAUCUGUGCUCUCUAAUUUUGGAGGGUCUGAAUCAGAGACUGGUCAAGCCACAACGACCGAUGAUAUUGCUGCAGCCUAGCCCUCUGCAACAACAAACAAGGAAGAGAGGGCACUUCCUUGAGCUAAAGAUAAUUUUGAAGAGAGCCAGAGAGACUGGUUGAUUUAGUUAAACAGAGGGGGUAGAAGUAACCACAGCUAAGACGUGAUAGUGGUUUUCUGUGUGCCUUGAUGAUAUUGCCACACAGUGAGCUGUGAAACAUCAAGUUGUUUUGCUAAUGGUGACCUGGAAGAGCUCUUUGUCAACCAGAACGUUGUUGGUGCUCUGAGGAUGGCUGGUAAACCCGUCUCUUGCCUCGCUCUAUCUGUACCCUCACUCUCGCUCUGUCUGUACCCUCACUCUCGCUCUGUCUGUACCCUCACUCUCGCUCUGUCUGUACCCUCACUCUCGCUCUGUCUGUACCAUCACUCCCGCCGUGGCUUUAAGAGUGAUCUAGCAAAAACAAGACAUUGACAUUUUAUAUGAGUGCACUUCCCAAGGUAAGCAUACAAGGCAUUUGUAUUAUUUCUCUCUGAUGCCAGGAUAUAAGUAAUAUAUUCCAGAAAGGCAGCAGGACUAGGUCUCUACAUGAACACUAUCAGAAAGGCAAACGGCAUGACUGUUUUAUGAGGGGUGGCCACUGCUUCGUCUCCAGGCAUGUGCUAAGGACUAGCAAGGUUCUUUUUCAGCCAUUAUUCUUGCCAAAGAGAGAAGGGAGUGAGAGAGAAUUUCCCUAGUGAAUGCGUAACUCGUUCAUAGACGCCAACUACCUUCAGCGACUAUUGAAGAUAGUAUCUUCUGUUCCCUGGGAGUUUUUUUUUAAAGAGCUUCAGCACUCGUUCUGAACGUUAAAACGCAUCACUUUGCGGUAAGGUUCUGGAAACAUAAGGACUGGCGUGCUCAGAACACCUGUGUGUAAGCAUUAACUGGGGAGGAAGUAUAUUUUGUCAACUGGAGGCGCGCACAGCAUAUGGAUGUGUGAGAAACUGCUACUGUUAAGUAUAUCUUUUGUUAUUUGAAAGAUUCUUUCUUGCUGAUAUGAAAGAUAAGGGGCAUAUCAUAUGUUUCGAAAACCGCUUCGCAAGUGAUGAUUAUUGACGUUUCUAAACGGUAAAACACAGUGUCUGAAUUGCAGUUCACACGCAGCCAACGGUGGGCGAAGCUAACCAGUAAAAACCCUACGGAUAACAAGGGUUUUGGAGAGCUAGUGAAUGGGGUGUGUUUUGGUCCGUUGUUGAAAGUUUGUGUUUGAUUCAUUGUUUCCUGUGAAAGGUUCUGUUUCGUGGCUGAGGCGGUAACAAUUCGACUUCUAUAAGACAGCCGUCGGAGGACAUGGGCCAAAGGAAAAAAAACACAAAAAGAGUGAAUAACUGAAAAAGGAGAAAGAAAAACAGGGGCCAUUGGAAGCCACAGGCAAAACAAAAGUUUCUAAAGUGAAAGGCUUAACUAUUUCCGGAUCAUAGUGUAAGGGGAGGAGACAAAACAGCUCUAUUGUUUUUUGGGGGAGGACAAACAUUCUACACUACUGUUCUAUAAAUUAAAAGAGGGUGUGGGUAUUUUUCAGGCAGACUAUUUUAGUUUCCAACACACUUUAAGGACCAAAAAGCCAAACAUAUGAUUACAUGAGAAGACAGAGAACCUUCAAAUAUUAAACUCUGAACAGCGGAGCACAAAAGAGUCAGAAAGUUUAGACGGCAGCUACCGAAAGCUUUGGCUGUCUCCCAUUCCUUCUGUGGUCUGCUAAUCAAACAAUGGCCAUGGUGAGUGGGGGCUGGGGAGAUCCCAACGGGGGCACCAACGGGCUGGGGGAGAAGGGCUAUCUGAGGGGAGAGGAGGAGGACGGUUCGCCCCAGGCAGGGGGCAGUGACAUGGAGGCUGGGGACGAGGACAAGGCGUGUGUGGUGGACUGUGUGGUGUGUGGGGACAAGUCCAGCGGGAAGCACUACGGGGUGUUCACCUGCGAGGGCUGCAAGAGCUUCUUCAAGAGGAGCAUCCGCCGCAACCUCAACUAUACCUGCAGGUCAAAUCGAGAGUGCCAGAUCGACCAACAUCAUCGUAACCAGUGCCAGUACUGUCGCCUGGAGAAGUGCUUUCGUGUAGGAAUGCGCAAAGAAGUUCAGCGCGGACGUAUCCCCCCCUCACACUCCAGCCUCAGCCCCACGGGCACCCCAGUAGGUGGCGGUAGUGGCGUAGGAGGGGCUGAUUUCUACAACAACAACGGCGGGCAGCCCGUGUCGGAGCUCAUCUCCCAGCUGCUGCGUGCCGAGCCCUACCCCAGCAGCCGCUACGGCCACCAGUACAACCAACAGGGCCAGGCCACCGGCGCGGGCGGGGCCGUCAUGGGCAUCGACAACAUCUGCGAGCUGGCAGCUCGGCUGCUCUUCAGCACCAUUGAGUGGGCCAGGAACAUCCCCUACUUCCCAGAGCUGCCUGUGUCAGAGCAGGUAGCUCUCCUCAGGUUGAGCUGGAGCGAGUUGUUCAUCCUGAAUGCAGCCCAGUCCGCCCUGCCCCUCCACAUGGCCCCACUGCUGGCCGCUGCGGGUUUCCACUCCUCACCCAUGUCGGCCGAGCGGGUGGUGUCCUUCAUGGACCAGGUGAGGGUGUUCCAGAACCAGGUGGAAAAGCUGAGCCGGCUCCAGGUGGACUCUGCCGAGUACAGCUGUCUUAAGGCCAUCGUCCUCUUCUCGCCAGAUGCAUGUGGCCUGACAGACCCAGCCCAUGUGGAGUCUCUGCAGGAGAAGGCCCAGGUGGCUCUGACAGAGUACGAGCGGAUGCAGUACCCAGGUCAGCCCCAGCGCUUCGGCCGCCUGCUCCUCCGCCUGCCCGCCCUCCGCGCCGUGCCCGCCAACCUCAUCUCCCAGCUCUUCUUCAUGCGUCUGGUGGGCAAGACGCCCAUCGAGACUCUCAUCCGCGACAUGCAGCUCUCCGGAAGCUCUAUCAGCUGGCCCUACGUCCCUGGACAGUAACGCCGAAAUUAAGUCUCCGUCUGGGCAGUGACGACAAGGACCACAGGUUCCUCUGACUCAUCCAUCUGUGUGAUCAAAUGCUAGCACCAGCUGGACAUCAUACAAGUUGCACUGCCUCCAUGAACUGAGCUCUCCAUGCCAGCCUAGCGCCAGCUGGGUCUAUUGCCAGCACACUGGUGCCAACACAACUACUGUGCGCCAUUAUGGCAACCUGAGUCAGCUAUGCCAUCCGCAUGCCAUAGUGACUUACAUACACACAUUAAUGUCCUGCCAAUAGAGGUCACUGGAAUCUUGUCUCAUUUUCCACAUCUCAUUGCCUUUGGUGCAAAGACUUUCAACAUCAACAUCAAACCAAGACGGAGAUCACUCUUGGUGAAAUUCUGGAGAAUUCUGGUAGAAAAGCUUUAUAUAUGCAAACACAGAAGUGGUAGAGGAAAUGGAACUGGGACAAGACAUUUCACCCGAAUCUUCAUCGUCCACUGAAAUUUCACUCAAAACGUAAUUGUCCUUAAAGCUAGAAUCCUUACUUGCUCCAUCCAUUUUUGGACUUAUAAAUGAAUUAUAUAUACCCAUUUAUUAUUGAAGAAUAUAACUUAUAAAUAACUUAUAGUCUCAAACCAUCGUUUAAACUACAUUGUUAAAUGUACCUACAGUAUCUCCAAGCCCAUUCCGCAGCUGUUUACCAAAACAGAGGCGGGGUGCCUGCUUUGUUAUUGUUUCAAUUAAGGAUUCUAGCUUUAAAGAGGUUAUAGAUAUGACAUUUGAACUACUGAAUCAGCCAGGCAGAUAAAGUGGAGAGACUUACAGAGGGACUCAAUGAGAGUUUCCGUGUACCACUCAUAGGGCUCUUACUUGUUGUACUGGGCAACUUUUCAAACUCCACAGUCACACAAAUAUUGAUCGAUACCUCACAAGACAGCAGAAUGCUAUGGACGGACUUCUUCUAAAGGCAACCUCUCUGUCAUUGUACAGUUGUUCACCACAGACUGCCUUCUUUUCAACAACUGCCUUUUCAAUAUGAAUUCGGACACUGCAGUAUGAGUAGAUCAUUCAACUGGACAUAUUCUUUAAGAUUAACACAGUUUUUUUUUAUACGGACUGAUAUUUAAACUACACCUGAAGAUGAUGAAUGCAGCUGAUGUGAGUGACAGGCUGAUUGUUGAAACAAGGCUGUUCUCAAGUGACAAAAAAAGUAUUUAAUCUAAAAGGUUGUGGCCAAAUGCUUUCCCUGUGACAUAUCACCAUGCUGAAAGGUUGUGGCCAAACGGUUUCCCUGUGACAUAUCACCAUGCUGAAAGGUUGUGGCCAAACGGUUUCCCUGUGACAUAUCACCAUGCUGAAAGGUUGUGGCCAAAUGGUUUCCCUGUGACAUAUCACCAUGCUGAAAGGUUGUGGCCAAACGGUUUCCCUGUGACAUAUCACCAUGCUGAAAGGUUGUGGCCAAACGGUUUCCCUGUGACAUAUCACCAUGCUGAAAGGUUGUGGCCAAACGGUUUCCCUGUGACAUAUCACCAUGCUGAAAGGUUGUGGCCAAAUGGUUCCCUGUGACAUAUCACCAUGCUGAAAGGUUGUGGCCAAACGGUUUCCCUGUGACAUAUCACCAUGCUGAAAGGUUGUGGCCAAAUGGUUUCCCUGUGACAUAUCACCAUGCUGAAAGGUUGUGGCCAAAUGGUUUCCCUGUGACAUAUCACCAUGCUGAAAGGUUGUGGCCAAAAGGUUUCCCUGUGACAUAUCACCAUGCUGAAAGGUUGUAGCCAAACGGUUUCCCUGUGACAUAUCACCAUGCUGAAAGGUUGUGGCCAAACGGUUUCCCUGUGACAUAUCACCAUGCUGAAAGGUUGUGGCCAAACGGUUUCCCUGUGACAUAUCACCAUGCUGAAAGGUUGUGGCCAAACGGUUUCCCUGUGACAUAUCACCAUGCUGAAAGGUUGUGGCCAAACGGUUUCCCUGUGACAUAUCACCAUGCUGAAAGGUUGUGGCCAAACGGUUUCCCUGUGACAUAUCACCAUGCUGAAAGGUUGUGGCCAAAUGUUUUCCCUGUGACAUAUCACCAUGCUGAAAGGUUGUGGCCAAAUGGUUUCCCUGUGACAUAUCACCAUGCUGAAAGGUUGUGGCCAAAUGGUUUCCCUGUGACAUAUCACCAUGCUGAAAGGUUGUGGCCAAACGGUUUCCCUGUGACAUAUCACCAUGCUGAAAGGUUGUGGCCAAACGGUUUCCCUGUGACAUAUCACCAUGCUGAAAGGUUGUGGCCAAACGGUUUCCCUGUGACAUAUCACCAUGCUGAAAGUUUGUGGCCAAACGGUUUCCCUGUGACAUAUCACCAUGCUGAAAGGUUGUGGCCAAACGGUUUCCCUGUGACAUAUCACCAUGCUGAAAGGUUGUGGCCAAACGGUUUCCCUGUGACAUAUCACCAUGCUGAAAGGUUGUGGCCAAACGGUUUCCCUGUGACAUAUCACCAUGCUGAAAGGUUGUGGCCAAACGGUUUCCCUGUGACAUAUCACCAUGCUGAAAGGUUGUGGCCAAAUGGUUUCCCUGUGACAUAUCACCAUGCUGAAAGGUUGUGGCCAAACGGUUUCCCUGUGACAUAUCACCAUGCUGAAAGGUUGUGGCCAAACGGUUUCCCUGUGACAUAUCACCAUGCUGAAAGGUUGUGGCCAAACGGUUUCCCUGUGACAUAUCACCAUGCUGAAAGGUUGUGGCCAAACGGUUUCCCUGUGACAUAUCACCAUGCUGAAAGGUUGUGGCCAAACGGUUCACCUAUGACCUGCUGGUAGUUGGUACUUUCAAAAUGCAGAGAAAUCACAUCAAAACUCAUUUUAAGUGUUAAGAAGUGUAUAUACUGUAGAUUUAGGGAACCAAAGGUUGCCCUGCUGCAUGUCACAAUUUAGUUAUUGAUCUGUGUUUCAUCUCUACGAAAUGGGAUUAGAAGGUAAAGUUAUUUUUUUUAA